AUGCUGUGUUGCUCAGAAGCGGAACUGAAGGAAGAGUUAAAGGAUUCUCUCGUCACUGAUGUAGUGAGAAUAACGAGGGUUGAGAAUGGUGUACCAACACCCACACCAGGUCACAUUUUGACCUUCGCCCUCCCUCACCCACCAGCCACGAUUAGAGCAGGAUACCUUUCUCUUCAAGCUGCUUCUGCUCCUCCAGCCCAGCCCGCACAGUGCUCCUCCUGCUCCGCUCUAGAGGGCAUGGUACGAGAACUCACUCAACAGGUUGCUGCCUUGGUGCAGCAGUUGAGUGCCAAGGCCUUGCCGCAAACACAAGCGAGUAGUCAUACGACUUCUGCCCCCGUAGCAAAGGGACCCCCUAAACAAACAGGAACCAUUCCCAGGCCAGUAUCUGUGUCUGUGGCACCCGCUAAAGGAAAAGAGCGACCAUCUAACCAUUCCAAAACGGCGGAGGAAAGAAAGUCUCUCCAAGAGAGACUUAAGACCCAAAUCCGAACGAAAGCUCAGGCAAGAUCAAAGGGAAGCACUGGUUCACCCCCCACUCCCUGCUCCUCUCAACUUUCCAUAGUUGAUGAGAAUGAGAUGGGGGAUGACCUUCUGCUUCGAUCGGAAUUUGAAACAACCCAAGCUCAGGAUAGCAUUCCAAAGACAUCACCCGAACCAAGACAAAAAAAUAUUCCUUGGUGGACAGAGGAGUGUUCGAGAGCAUUGCGAGAGCGAAGACGCGCCCUGCGAAGAUUCAACAAACGCCCAACCCAAGAAAAUCUUGAAACCUACCGGUUCCAUAGGGCAAAAACGCGACGAGUCUUCAGAAAUUCCCGAAGAACCUCAUGGCAAAAUUUCGUGACCACAAUAUCUCGAACAACUCCUAAGGCCGAAGUAUGGAGAAGGUUAAGGUCGGUAUGCGGCAAACCCCAACCUUUGCCAAUUUUGGGACUCAAGUCGGGCGGAGACGUUGUGACUGAUCCCCGGGAUGUUGCCGACCUGUUGGCCUCCUCCAUAUCGGAGGUUUCAAAAAGUUCGUCUUACUGUCCUGAGUUUUUGAGAUAUAAGCUAUAUUCUGAACAAACAGACAUACUACUCAACAAUCCAAAUCCAUGUCCCUUAAAUAUAAGGUUUUCCAUGCAGGAGUUGGACUCCGCACUGUCAUGUACUUCCAACUCUGCUCCUGGUCCGGAUGACGUGCACUAUGCCAUGCUUAGACAUUUACCCUCAGAGGGUAAGGGGGCCCUCUUAGCGCUCUACAAUAGAGUGUUUGAGGAACAAACUUUCCCGCUAGCUUGGCGUAAAUCCCACGUCAUCCCCUUAUACAAACCGGGACAGGACAAACUAUCUCCGUCUAGCUACCGGCCCAUCUCGCUUACCAGCUGCCUUUCUAAGGUGUUGGAGCGGAUGGUAAACCGUAGACUAAUCUGGUUCCUCGAAAAGAACAAUCUCCUUUCGAGAGAACAAUGCGGCUUUCGCCAAGGACGAUCGACGUUGGACCUCAUGGUUUCCCUUGAGACAACCAUACGUGACGCAUUCCUUGAGCGAAAGCAAGUAGUCGCUGUCUUUUUUGAUCUGGAAAAGGCAUAUGACACAGCGUGGCGGAGAGGCAUCAUUAACACUUUCCAGGCAUGGGGAGUGAGUGGUAAUAUGCUGGCUUUCAUUCAGGGGUUCAUGUCUGACCGUACAUUUCAGGUUAGAAUAGGGACAAACCUAUCAAGCACAAGCAAUCUGGAGAACGGGGUACCACAGGGAAGCGUUUUGAGCUGCACGUUAUUCGCCGUCGCCAUAAACGGCAUAACGGCGUGUGUUCGCCGUCCUGUGCGCUGUUCUUUGUUUGUGGACGACUUUGCCGUUUACGUCCCUGCAAGAAGACUUGCUACGGCGGAGCGUUCCCUGCAGCUAACCAUAAGGCGACUGGAGGAAUGGAGUAGGCGGACGGGAUUUUCGUUCUCUACUUCCAAAACCCAAUGUAUAACGUUCUCCAGACUAAGAAACUAUUUAGAACCGACACUUACCUUGAACAGAUCCCGAAUAACAUCAAGUCGGAAUGUGAGAUUCUUGGGUCUUACAUUUGAUUCCCGACUUACAUGGAUCCCUCACUUAAAAUCUCUCAAGGCAAAAUGUUUACAAAGGCUAAAUAUGCUUCGAGUUCUUACUGGGACCAAGUGGGGCGCGGACAGGACAUGUAUGCUGCGUUUCUACAAAGCUUUUGUCCGUUCGUGCCUUGACUAUGGUUCUCAGGUUUAUUCUUCUGCCCGGCCAAGCGCGUUAGGAAUGCUUGACUCGAUUCACCACUCUGCGAUCAGGUUGGCUACUGGAGCUUUUCGUUCAAGCCCUACACCUAGCUUAUUAGCGGAGGCUAGUGAACCAAUGCUGGAUAUGAGACGCAAGCAACUUGUCAUAAAUUAUUUUUACUCCCUUAAAGCCAAGCCCGAAAAUCCGGCAUAUGAACACGUAUUUGAAAGUGACUUGCUCGAAGUCUAUGCCAAUCGCCCUAACAUCUCAGCUCCCCUUGGAGUAAGGGCUAAAGUGCUCCUCUCGGACCUUGGUAUCGAGGAGUACCAAGUAAGUCAAUGCUACCAGAGUGAUAUUCCUCCCUGGUUAGUAUUAAGUCCCGAAGUUGUCCUGUCACUUCACAAGUACAAGAAAGGAAGCACUUCUAAUUUAGUGUUCACGCAGGCUUUCCGGGAACUCUUGAGUGCUCGGGCACCUUGCGACAUAAUUUACACUGAUGGAUCUAAGUCUGAGGAUGGCACCGGAUGUGCGUUCAUAACGGCGAGUCGUGAGUAUAGAUUCUGUCUGCCCUCUGUAGCGUCAGUCUACACGGCAGAACUGACCGCUAUUUUUAAAGCAUUGAACAUCGUCUGCCCCAGGACCAGAAGGCUGGUCAUCUGCUCCGACUCGCUUAGUAGUCUGCAAGCAAUCAAGGACAUGUAUCCAAAACAUGUCCUUGUGCGCGACAUCCGAUGUGCCAUUCACAGACUUCAAGUCCAAAAUAUACAGGUUGUUCUGGCGUGGGUGCCCGGUCACGCGGGAAUUCCCGGAAAUGAGCUUGCCGACAGGGCUGCUGGGAGUGCUCAUGAGCUUCCUCCUUUUACUGCUAUGGUGGCAGGGUCAGACCUAAAGCCAAUGGUGAAGGAGAAGUUAAGACGAGUUUGGGGUGACUCUUGGUCUCGGACGGCGUGUAACAAUCUAAGAGCCAUAAAACACACAGUAGUUCCCUGGGGGACAGCCAUCCGCGAGAACCGCAGAGAGGAAGUAGUGUUGUGUCGGUUGCGAAUCGGUCACACGCUGCUGACUCACGGGUACCUCAUGAGCCGGGGGGAUCCCCCGGAGUGUGCGUGUUGUGGAGUGGCUCUGAGUGUCGAGCAUAUUUUGGUCGAAUGCCGUGAUUAUACAAUGCAGAGACGAUCUUGUCAGCUCCCAGCAAGUCUAUUCGAUCUGUUGGGGGAUGAUGAGGAUUAUAUAGGCCGAGUCGACGUCAUUGCAAGGCGCCGCUCCGUCUGGGGGUCAGGGGUCAUCAGGACUUCUGGCGCCGAUUGA